AUGCUGGAGUGGCUCCCCCAGUUCAGCAGAACAGGCUUUAAGCAUCCUUGGACACACUCUGCCCGGGACCGCUGCUUUCCUUGGACAGAGCCUCCUCAGCUCUCUGCUCACCUGAUCCUUGGUGAUGGUGUGGUCUGUGUGACGGUGGGAGCAAAGGGCUCUAUGAGCGGGCGGCUGGCUGGCCUCCGGAGCUCCUCCCAUGGGCUGUUGGGUGUGAACAGGGUGGUGAUCUAUAACACCAGCUGCGGCCCAGAACUUGACCGCCUGUUGCAGAGCUACAGCCAAGAGGGCUUCGUGGAGAUGGUUCCUUGGCCCAUCGACCGGAAUCUGAAUCCAUCUCGUGGCUGGCUCUUCUCAGAGAGCGGGGGGGAUGUCCACUACUUUGGCCAGCUGACCACGCUUAAUGAAUGCAUUUACAGAUCCAUGGACCGGUCCCGCUACGUCAUGCUGAACGACAUAGAUGAGAUUAUAAUGCCCUACCAACACAACGACCUGAUGUCUUUGAUGAACUCGCUCCAACAGCAGCAUCCAAAUACAGGGGUGUUCAAGAUUGAGAACCAUAUCUUCCCCAAGAUUCAUUUUGAGCCAAGUGGGAGGUUUCACCUGCCUCAGUGGAACGGGGUGCCAGGAAUUAAUAUUCUGGAGCACGUCUACAGGGAGGACCCCAACAGAAAUAUAUACCACCCAUACAAGAUGAUAGUUCAGCCAAGGAUGGUGGAGCAGACUUCAGUGCAUGAAGUGCUCAAGGCUUUCGGACAACAGUACAAGGUUCCACUAGACGUUUGUCGGAUCAUUCACGUCCGCGUGGCUCUGCAGGGGGGGUUAACACUGGAGCAGCUCAAUGUGGACAAACGACUGUGGGACUUCAGCAAUCAACUGAUUCCCAAUGUGGACAGAGAACUGAAGAGGGCGGGGCUGUUAAGCUCAGAGGGGCAGAGCUGAUGGACAAACAGUCCGACUAUGGAUGUACACCCUCGCCAGUGGGGACAUUUAAUAACAUCCUGGUAAAAUCUGGGCAUGGGAUCUGAGUGGUGGUUUUGGUUGUAAUUUGUUUUCUGAAAUGCUGUCUUCUACAUUGAUUUUAAAUGCUGCUCAAUAUAUGAAGAAUGCUAAACUAUUGAAGAACUGUAGAUUCACUGCGUGCUAUGAGUGUGACUAACUGGUCGUAACCAAUUGCACCACCCCUCCAACUGAAUAAUUUUGAGUCUGGACCAAAAUGGUGGACCAACAGACUGACACUGUCAUCCCCUGAGCCAUGCCGCAUGCUCUGCUUAAAAAACCCUAAUCAAUACUGGAUAUAGUGGAAAACAUUGUAAAAGCUUUUGUGCAGUCAAACUGUAUUUUCUCACUAAUGAACUGACUUAUUAGUUACUGUGUUUUCAAAAGAAGAGGGUUAAGGUUACACGAGGGCAGUUUGUGGUCAUGUCAGUAACUUAAUCAAAUGUACACUGGCAAGCUAUUCUUCUUCAUUUGAAGGGCCUGAAAGUUGUUGUGCAAUUAUGUGCCACUCAGUGUAGAAUUUUUGUGUAAUUGAAGUAUCCUGAAUUAUUCUGAUAGCAUGAUGGCUUUUUGUUUUAGAAAAUUAGUGGGGUUUAUGUGUUGUUUCACCUCCAUUCCAACUCGGAAGAUUAUUUUUGUGCAGCAAUUACUUUUUUUUUGUGUCUCUGUUCAGUCACUGCUGUCACGUGGACUCUCCAGGGUGUUUGGGCUAAAACAGUCUUAGGGUGACCAAAUAAAAAUUGAAAGUUUCUUGAAGAACCCAAGUGAUAAGAUAGUGAGGGGUAUGCUUUUGAUUAAAGGGAUGUUCAUAUG